GCGCGGGGUGGGGACCGACUACAGCCAGUGCCUCGCUAGACAGCAUCUUGUGUGCGCGUGAGUGCUUAGUUGUGUUGUGAAAUUAUAUAUGUUCCAUCCAGGAUGACCGAUUACGAGCGUAUUAAGAAGACGUGUCUGGAGAAAGAAGAGUUGUGGGAGGAUCCCGACUUUCCCGCCAAUCAGUCAUCAGUGUUCUACUUCCAAACACCACCCUUCCAUUUCGAGUGGAAACGAUCAAAGGAAAUCUAUCAGAAGCCAUCCUUCAUACACGACAGAAAUGAGGUGUUCGACGUGGUUCCCGGUAAACUGGGAGACAAAUGGAUGGUCUCGUGUCUCGGUGUGCUGUACCUCACAAAGGGCCUUUUCUACCGAGUGGUGCCCGCGGACCAAAGGGUGGACGAGACAUACGCUGGCGUUUUCAGAUUCCGCCUUUGGUGGUGUGGGCAAUGGCUCGAGGUGUUGGUUGACGAUCGUCUCCCGACAGUCAACGGCAAGCUCGCCUUCCUCCAGAGUCACCACACCGAACAGAUGUGGCCGGCGCUCCUGGAGAAGGCUUACGCCAAAUUACACGGUUCCUACGAAGCUCUGAAGUAUGGGAGCUUGCUCGAUGGUUUAUCGGACCUUACCGGCGGGAUUACAGAAAGUUUGCAGAUCGAGAUGACAACGGCUGAGAGUCUGAAGAGCUUGUUGAAGAGCACAAGCCUUGUUACUGCACAUCAUGUAUGCACCGCCGUCGGCGACAAAAUUCCUGAACUCAAAACGGAAAUGAAUUACGUCAUUUUAAAUGUGGAACAGGUGGAGAGCACAAAAGGCCCGGUACAUGUUGUGCGAAUGCGACGACCCAUCGGCAUUGGAGAAGUCCCCGUACCUUACAUCGUAUUAAAUACAGACGCCUGGCACGCAAUCUCGCCUAUAGACAGGGAUCGCAUAAUCUCUACACCUAAAGGGACUUGGAUGCUCUUCUCUGAUUUCCAACGCGCCUUCCUUCGCGUGGAAGUUGUUCACUUGGACUCAGAGACCUGCAGAGCGGAGCCGUUCUUAGCUGAUAAGCAAAUGUGGCAGAUGAAGAUGCACCAGUCUGGGUGGAAGCGAGGCGUGUCAGCUGGGGGCUGCCGGAAUUAUGUUCAAUUGCUUGCAGAUUUUUUCCAUACAAACCCGCAAAUACAAAUAACCCUGCCAGAACCCGACACAGUGAUCAUAUCUCUGAACCAGCAUUGCAUUAUGGAGCCCAAAGUAAUUGGAUUCAGUAUCUACAAGAUAUCUGCUCCAUUAGAAGAGACUGCUAAAGCGCUGUUCUUUAGGAAAGUGAAGAGUACCAUCAAUUCACAAUAUACGAAUAGUCGGCAAGUUACUUACAGAUCACACCUAUCAGCGAGCACAUACAUAAUAAUGCCAACCACAUUUGAGCCACGCGACGAAGCAAACUUCACCUUAAGAAUAUUCACAAGCAAACCAAUCAGCAUGAAAGUAUUGGACAAUUUGCCAAAAAUGACCAAAACAGCCCUAGUGAAGGCACCUCCAGUGGUUGAGGUGAAUAGUUUUGCUCAAUACGAGGCAGUGUUCCUACAAUUAGCUGAUGAGCAUAAGACGAUAGAUCCGUUUGAACUGCAAGAACUGCUUGAUGCGUGCCUCCCGAAUGACUAUAUCAAGAGCUGUGCUUCAAUUGAUACAUGUCGACAAAUUGUGCUGUCUUUGGAUAAGAAGGGUAUCGGCCGCAUCUCCCUCUCAGACUUCAAAGACCUCAUGUGCAGUCUGAAGCACUGGCAGCUGGUGUUCAGGACGCACGCCAGAGAGAAGAUGGGGGUCCUCAGGGCGGAGCGGUUUCGUGACGCUCUCUGCGACGUCGGUUUCGUAGUUCCUGAGAAAGUCAUGCACCUACUCGUGUUGAGGUACAUGAGGAAGGAUGGCAUGCUCAGGUUUGGAGACUUUGUGUCCGCUGUCAUGCAUCUCCAUAGAGCUUUUGAAAUCUACCGCAAGAAUCUUCGCACGGAAGCUGUUCAAAUGAGUCUUACCGAGUGGCUGAAGAAUGUUUUUAUGUGUUGAAAACUUCAGAAGACUCAUUGGGUUACGCAUCUUCUAAAUAGCGUUCACAGUGAUGAAGUAAAAAGGACUGAUUGCUAAAAAAGUGAUACACGCAAAUUAAUAUGUUUUGAACUCUGUAGGUAAUUUUCAUUACCAGUCUAGUAGCGAAUAUGCUAAUUACCUCUUAGUAUAGCACUAAAACACGGUAAUUUUAUACGAAGUGUGAAUAAACAUAGAUGUGAAUAAUUAUUAGGUAUUUGCUAAUCAAGGUUGUGAUACGAACUAUAAAACGUAUCUUAUUAGUCCUAAAUUUGUAGUUUUCUAUUUUUUUAGUAUAAGCAGACGAAAGAUUUUUAUAAAAAACUGGCAUAAAUGUACAUGUUUUAAUCACGGCAACCAGUGAAGUAUCUCAUAUAAAUUCUUGGUUGCCGUGAGCAAGUUCGACUGUUCGUUGUUCGCGACAACCAGUAAAAGUGUCAACAUUUUUUGUUUGCUAUGAUCAAGUUAAGCAUGUACAUUUUUGUUUAUCACACAAGAUAUCAUACGUCUGCUUAUUGUAUAUUAUUAAAUAGAUUUAUCCUUUAUCUAAAUUAAAUGACAAUGAUUUUCGUUACUUUCCAAAGCAAUUUCUAUCUUUAUGUUUUAGUAGACGCCUAUAAAAGCUAGCGGAAAAUUAAAAAAUACUUAGUUUCUUUCAAUGAUCCAUGAAUACUCAGUGCAUUUAACUUUUAAUUAAUUUAAGUAAAUAAUUAGGCAUUUUUAUAUUCUAUUUAAGUUAUUGAUUGAAAAUACAAUUAGUAUAGAGAUACGUUGUAUGUAUAUCUAGUAAUUCCUAACAUUGUAAUUAUUAAUUUAGUAUUAGGUGCUAGUUACAUUAGAUACUCAAUUUAAUUGUAAUUUCAAUACACCGUUGUGUCAUAACUUUGCGUUUUCAAAGACGAAACAACGAAAUAAGAAAUUUCUUAAUAAAAAUGAUUUAUAAAGGAAAGAGCUGUUUCUUUGAUUGUUCGUAUAAUUUCGUCAUUGCAAACUCAUAGUAUAAUUGAAACGAGUUGUGAGAAUUGUUUUAUACAGUCCCAAUACACUAGAGACACUAUUAUUGGGAUUAAAACUAGCUAAAAUGUACGGAGGUGACAUUACAAGUGUUAAUAACACAAAGUGGUAUCAAUAAAUCAUUUUCCUAUAUCAUGAGUUGAAUGUGAACAGCAAUAGAGUAUUUAGACAUCAGACAUAGACCUUCAGACAGAUUGCACAAAAAUAUAUUUUUCAUUUUAACAUGACAGUAAGGAAGAUAACAAGCACUGAAGUUUGACAAGAAAAAGAAAGCAAAAGAAAGAAAAAGCAAGAACUACCAAGUGGGGGCUAAAACAUCACUACUGUCUUGCUAGUAAAAAUCGUACUAGUAAGUGAUGUCAGACGAGUUUUUAAAUCAUUGUUUCGCUUUGGUAUUUUGCUUAGGACAUAAAAGAAAAAUACGUGUCCAAUAUUUUUUGGCAAACUGUCUGGCAGACUAAACAGUUGUUUUUUUUGUCAAAACCUUAUUGUUUAAAUAAUCUCUUUUUAGUCGGGUUAGAGAACUUAUUAAUUAAGGGUUCUACGGUAUGAAAAUGAAGGGUUCCUAUCCAUUACUUAAGAAAAUAAAAUCUCCAAGCAUCUUUUAGAACAUUUAAAUUUGAUAUAGAUUUUUCAUAUUUAUAUUAGAACGGUUUACUCACGCGUAUCUAUCGAGAUUUUUCGAUUCGUUUUAGACACAUUUGUAGUCCUUAAUCAUGAAGUGAUACGGCGGAGGACGCGUCGAGCAAACCCUCAUUUAAUAAAGAACUAUGCACAUUAAAUUAAUAUAAAUAAAAGCUUUCUUAUUCUCUUUGUUUUGCCUCUAUCGUUCAUGUUCGUCCACCACUUUUUAGGAUUAAACAUUUUACUGCAACGAUCUCGCUUAACUCAAAAUAAUAAUAAUAUAAUAUUUUUGUACGUUUAGUUGUAAAUAAUAGAAUCGUAAAUCCACCGAGUCGGUAAAUUAGUAUAUUUAAUUCACUCAAAAUGAGGAAGAUGUAAAAUUUAAAUUUA